UUACGAAAGUCGUGUGCAGCGUAAUGUCAAAAUAUUAAAAGUUUUCUUCCGAUCGAAUUUUUGGGUUUGUCCAUCGACUUAUUGUGAAAUAAAAAUCUUUAAUCGCAAUCGUCAUCAUAUAACUGCAAAAAUAACCGUGAAAAAUAUGACUGAAGUUCUUACGAAUAAUACUACCGAUAAGGUAGCAACUUUAGUGAAGGAAGCAGAAGCACUUAAGGCAAAAUUAGAAGAGGAAAGGCAAAAGCUGAAUGAUGUUACAUUGUCAUCUGUAGCGGAGCGUCUGGAAAUGAUUACGUAUUUGAAUAUCAAACCACGUCGCGUGUUGAAGGGACAUCAGGCCAAAGUUCUCUGCUCGGACUGGUCUCCCGACAAGCGACACAUCGUAUCGUCAUCGCAAGAUGGAAAACUUAUCAUUUGGGAUGCAUUUACCAACUAUAAGGAGCAUGCCGUUACAAUGCCAACUACAUGGGUUAUGGGGUGCUCGUAUGCCCCAUCCGGUAAUCUAGUUGCAUGCGGUGGACUGGACAACAAAGUGACAGUAUAUCCCAUCACGAUGGAAGAGGAUAUCUCGUCACGUAAAAAAACAGUCGGUACUCAUACCAGCUAUAUGUCAUGCUGUAUUUUUCCUAACUCCGAUCAGCAAAUUUUAACCGGAAGCGGGGACUCGACAUGUGCACUGUGGGAUGUCGAGUCCGGCCAGUUAUUACAGAGUUUCCACGGCCAUACCGGAGACGUAAUGUCGAUAGAUUUGGCUCCUAACGAAACGGGAAACACUUUCGUGUCCGGUAGCUGUGAUAAGAUGGCUUUUAUUUGGGAUAUGCGUUCGGGGCAUGUGGUUCAGUCUUUCGAAGGCCAUCAAUCUGAUGUGAACAGCGUGAAAUUUCAUCCUAGCGGUGACGCUAUCAGUACCGGUUCGGAUGAUAGCACUUGUCGUUUGUUUGACAUGCGUGCCGACAAAGAAGUAGCCGUUUUCAGCAAAGACAGUAUAAUUUUUGGCGUAAAUUCAGUUGACUUUUCCGUAAGUGGACGACUGUUGUUUGCUGGUUAUAAUGAUUACACCGUUAACGUUUGGGAUACGUUAAAAGCUCAACGUGUGUGUCUACUAUAUGGACACGAAAACAAGGUAUCCUGUUUACAGGUAUCUCCUGAUGGUACCGCUCUGUCCACUGGCAGUUGGGAUUUCACUUUAAGAAUCUGGGCUUAAAUCAUUUCAUGCAGACUUGCGCUGCAAGUCGUAAUUGCGUGACCAAAGUUAUAGAAUAUUGCUUCGAUAGGAUUCACAAUGUAAUCAUACUAGUCGCGAAUUCGAUAUUGAAUGUCUCUCUUGUAACAGAUCGCAUUAGAGUUAGCUGCAAUCAUUUAUAGAUUAUAAGCAAUUUUAUAUAUUGUCAGACUAUAGGAGAAAAUGCUUUUAUUUUAAAACAUCAUGUGUUGUUAAGUUUAUUCCACGUGUAAACUACCGAGGAAACCAUAAUUGCCCCAUAUUAUAAGGAAAAUGUGUGAACGGUAAUCGAAGAUGGACAUCAUAUAAUUUCCCUCCUAUGGUUUAUUCUACUUGGAAAAACUGUCGAAAUAUCUUUCUCGACUGAAUUUUUGAACUUUGUUUUGAAAAAACAUUUAAAAAUUAUAACGUUAAACAUCAAAAUCUUAGAAAUCACAAAAGAAAUUUGGGACAGUUAUGCGUUUACUGGGACAGUAAAUACCUAAGGCGUGAAAGGUAUGGAUAUAAAUAAUCUCUUGCAUAAUAUCUCAUUGUUCGUUAUCAGUUAUUAGUAUUCCUUUGUGCCAUAUUUAUUCUAGAAUUAUGAAAAUAUUGACAGUUAAUCAAAUAUUCAGUUAUAUUGAACAGAUGAAUAAAUAUAUGGAUGUAAUCGUUGCCGUAGACAAA